CGAGUCACUUUGUGUGGUAGCACGACCAUGACUUGCCGGCACCAACUUACCCAUUGCAGUAGGUUUCGGGGAAAAGUGUUGAAAACGGCAUGCAACGUGCCGUGUACGCAUGAGGUGUGUGUGGGCUCUGCCGUUCUUCUGCCGUGCUUCGGUACCAUUCACGUCGCUAGCGCCUCCGUCGCGUCGAAGCCGCCGAAGAACGCGUCGCGUCUCCCCCCUCCGAUUGCUCUGCAACGACAUACAACACAUUACGCCUACGAUCAAACCACCAAAGCUAUACGUCAAGAAGGAUGGCAGAACCACAGGAAGACGUUCAGAUGGACACCCAAGAAAUUGAGCUGGAAACACCGCCCUCAGAUGUCUUCAUGGCACCUUCAAUAUCCAAGCCAGGCAUUCUCGGCGGAAAGUCGUAUUCGCACUUCUCACCAAUACCGAAACGAAUAGCAGACGACAUGUCCGCAGAAGUCGUGCUAGGUGUUGAUGAAGCUGGACGAGGUCCUGUCUUGGGACCCAUGGUGUACGGACUCUUCUAUCUACCCAUCGAACUGCAUCACUCUCUCCUCGCCGAAACGCACCACUUCGAUGACUCCAAGGUCCUGACUCCUGAAGUCCGCACAGAUUUAAUGCGCAAGCUCUGCACCAAGGGCUCAGAUCUCUACGAGGCCGGCGGAUGGGCAACACGCGUCAUGUCAGCUCAAGACAUCUCAGCGCACAUGUUAUCCCCCAACGUAUACAAUCUCAACGCCCAAGCAAUGGAUGCCACCAUAGACCUGAUCAAGGAGGUGCUGGCUCAAGGAGUGAAUGUCAAGGAGAUCUACAUCGACACCAUUGGCAAACCAGAAAUUUACCAGAAGAAGCUAGAGAGGAUAUGGCCUACAAUACGGAUUACAGUCGCGAAGAAGGCCGAUAGUCUAUACCCUUGUGUCAGUGCGGCAUCAGUGUGUGCCAAGGUUACCCGGGACGCCGCCCUGGACGUCUGCUACGAACCCUACCAGAAUCGCGCUACCGAGGCGAACGAAGAUGCUGAAGUCAAGGUGGCUUGGGGCUCCGGAUACCCGUCGGACCCAAGGACACAGACCUGGCUGAAGCAGAACAUGGACCCUCUUUUUGGCUGGGGUAGCGAGACUCGCUUUUCGUGGGGAACCGCCAAAGAGCUUCUAGAAGGGAAGAAACCCGACGUCGCUAUCGAAUGGCCUACGGAAGACGAUGGCAACGACAUGCGCAUGACAGACUUCUUUAGUGGUAAGAAUGAAGGUGGUGGAGACGAACUGGUUGACUGGUUCGGAAAGCGUGUUACCCAGGAGAUGGAUGUGUUCUGAUCGCGUGCGGAUACCGUACGAAAUCGACAGCACCAGCUCAACCACAAUCCGCACGUUGGAUAUUCUGAACGCAAUCAGUGAUGAAAUUGGCACCGCGCAAACUGCCUAUAACUUGAUUCGGAAAUCAAACUAUGCAGGGCAGAGUAUUCG